AUGCCUCGUAAAGCUGCAUCAAAGGCCGCCCCAAAGGCCGCACCACCGCUGGAUGGAUGCUCCGUCGCUACAUCUGGCCGCUUCCCGGGAACAUCACAAUCCGCACUUCAGUCGCGUCUUACGUCACUGGGUGCUACGAUUGCAUCAAGUGUCACGGCAAACACGACCCAUCUCAUUGCAACUGAAAAGGACUAUGAGAGCAACUCGACCAAGACCAAAGCUGCCGCUGCCCAUGACGUGCCUGUAGUGACCAUUGAAUGGCUCGACGAAUGCGAGUCCAAAGGCUCUAAGGUAGAUGAAACGCAGUACUUGCUGUCGUCUGGCGCUGCUCCUGCGCAGAGGAACGGUUCAAACAAACGGCCUGCCUCUACUACUCCUCCAGCACAAUCUCAAGAAAAGAAACCCAAGAUUAAGGAAGACGCCAAGGUAGGAGAUGGCCAGAAUGCAAAAUCAAAGACAAUUGCCAUCUCCAUAGACGAAUAUUGCCCUCUUGGAAACUAUCAGGUCUACAUUGACUCUAAUGGCACUAUAUACGAUGCAUCGCUCAAUCAAACCAACGCCAGUGCUAAUAAUAACAAGUUUUACAAAUGCCAGCUUCUUGUCAAUGGAUCAGACUAUAAAACUUGGACUCGCUGGGGCCGCGUUGGUGAGCGUGGGUCGAGCGCCGUGUUGGGCAGUGGCAGCUUAUAUGACGCCAAACGGGAAUUUGAAAAGAAGUUCAAGGACAAGUCAGGUCUCAGAUGGGAGGAUCGCAGUGCAGAACCAAAGGCAAAUAAAUACGCAUAUGUGGAGCAUUCGUACAACCCUGACUCGGAUGAUGAGGACGAGGACACAGGUGCGAAUGCGGACGACGAAAACAAAGAUGCUGUCAAGCCCGCCGAGUGCACGCUUGACAAGCCUACACAGGACCUUAUGAAGCUCAUCUUCAACCAGGAUUAUUUCGAUGCCACCAUGUCUGCCCUCAAUUACGACGCAAACAAACUACCACUGGGCAAGCUCAGCAAGGGAACAAUUGCUCGUGGUUUCCAAGCCCUGAAGGAGCUGUCUGUGCUUCUAGACAACACCGAUGCAGCAUCGCGAGCAGAGGUAGAACGUCUGUCCAACCACUACUUUUCAGUGAUCCCCCACGCCUUCGGCCGCAACCGUCCGCCAGUCAUUCGAGACAACGACGCCCUUAAGAAAGAAAUUGAGCUACUCGAGAGUCUGUCAGACAUGAAGGAGACUGCCGCCAUGCUCAAGAGCCAGCUGAAGGACGAUAGCGGCAUUCACAAGCUCGACAAGCAAUUCCAGGGUCUCGGUAUGGAAGAGAUGACACCACUUGACCACAAGAGCCAGGAGUUUGUCGAAAUCGACCAGUAUCUCAAUUGCUCAAGAGGACAUACGCAUUCAGUCAGUUACAAUGUCCAAGAUAUCUUCCGCAUCGAACGCAAGGGCGAAUUCGAGCGGUUUGACAAGAGCAAGUUCUCCAAGAUUUCAAGCAACCGUCGUCUCCUAUGGCACGGUUCCCGUGUUACUAACUUUGGUGGAAUCCUCAGCCAAGGUCUCCGCAUCGCACCUCCCGAAGCCCCCGUAUCAGGCUACAUGUUCGGCAAAGGUAUCUACCUCGCCGAUAUGUCUUCCAAGUCCGCAAACUACUGCGCCUCGUACAACUCGGGUGGCACUGCUUUGCUCCUCCUUUGCGAGGCUGAGUUGGGUAACCCGAUGCACCAGCUCACCAAUGCCUCGUACACUGCUGGUGAAGAUGCGAUCAAGAAUGGCAUGUAUAGUACGUGGGGAAUGGGCUCAACAGGCCCGAGUAAGUGGAAGGAUGCAAGCUGCAUCAAUCCUGCGCUGAAGGGAUGCUCAAUGCCCGAUGUAUCGACUCCGCCUGGCAAGACGAAUGUGGCUGGAGCAUACUUGAUGUACAAUGAGUACAUUACGUAUGAUGUUGCGCAGGUGAAGCUGCGGUACUUGCUCCGUGUCCGCAUGUAG